AUGGCGACUACGUGGCAAGAGACCGCGGUUACAUUCCAAGUUGCCCUCAAGUCCAAAAUCCCGCCGGAAUGGGUUCUUCCAGAUAUGCGGACCACAAGGCCACGCAAUAUCAUGCCUAUAUUUAAGACUUGCGGUGUCCUGACGGAUCGCGAGUUGGAGAUCACCGAAGUUGAAGAUGCCGUGACGCUUCUGGAGAAGCUCCAUUCGAAGACAUGGUCGUCUCUCGACGUGACGGUUGCUUUCUGCAAGCGCGCGGCUGUCGCGCAACAAUUGAUCAACUGCCUAAUGGACAUUGACUUUGAAAGGGGCAUCCAACGCGCCAAGGAAUUGGAUGAGUAUCUGGCUGCAACGGGAAAGUUGGCUGGACCGUUGCAUGGGCUACCGGUGAGCUUAAAGGACCUUACACAUGUCAAAGGGCUGAAGUACACCCUGGGCAUGGUGGCGCUUGCGAACCAGGUUUCUGAUACCGAUGCGAUUGUGGUCCAAACUCUCCGUGAAGCGGGGGCUGUGGUGUACGUUAAAACAACAAUGCCACAGACUGGAAUGGCCCUUGAAACCACCACCCAUCUCUACGGCCGCACUCUGAACCCUUUCAACACCGACCUCGUUUCAGGCGGCUCAUCGGGCGGUGAGGGAGCGUUGAACGGCUGUUUGGGCGCCCCCAUAGGGGUUGCCACAGAUAUCGGAGGCUCGAUUCGAGCCCCUGCAUCGUUCAACGGGCUUUACGCCAUCCGCCCCACGUCCCGUCGCUUCAGUUACCUAGGAAAUGCCCCUUUUACAGGACAGACGGCCAUUCUAUCCAGCAUUGGCCCGGUUGGUCGAAGUCUACGAGACAUCGAGUUGAUGCUCAAGGUAUGGAAUGCCUUUGAACCCUGGUUGUAUGACCCGGUGGUCAUGGCCAAAAAGUGGGAACAUGUCCCUGUCCCAACCAAGGCCACCAUCGGUGUUAUGUUCUGGGACGAGGUCGUCAUGCCGCACCCUCCCGUACAGAGGGCUCUGAAGACCGUGGUCGACAAAUUGAAGCGCGCAGGACACGAGGUGGUCGAGAUCAAGCCAUAUACGCACAAGGAGGCUUGGGAUUUGGCGUUCAAGCAAUACUAUCCCACGGGAGGGAAAGAGAUAAAAGCCCUGUUGGCCCAGUCAGGAGAAGAGCCCGUCCCCUCCGUGGCCAAAUUUUUGGCUCGAGCCAGGGAGCUCAGUGUUGACGAGCUGACCCAAUGUCACAAGGACCAACGACAAUACCAGAUCGAAUAUCUCGCUCACUGGAAUGCCACCUCGAGCCAGACAUCGACAGGGAAGCCGAUCGAUGCCCUGCUCACACCAUCGAUGGCGUCGGCGUCGUUUCCUCAUGAUUAUUUACCGUGGUGGGGCUAUCUUGCACAGUGGAAUCUGCUCGACUAUCCUGCUUGCAUCCUCCCCGUUGCGCAUGUGCAAGCGAGCGACGUGAAAGACGCAUCAUACCAGCCGAUCAACAAGCUCGACCAAGAAGCAUACGAUAUUUACGACCCCUACCUCUUCGAGGGAGCCCCUGUAUCACUUCAACUCGUAGGGAGGAGCAUGUGCGAGGAAGAGUUACUGUCCGUGGCCAUGGCUGUAGACCGCGCGGUCAAAGCGUAG